AUGGCAGUCAACUUCUAUUUGUCCAUGUGCAUUUGCACAUUUUUUGCACAGAGUAUAACUGCCCAAUACAUGGGUGCUGCUUACCCAGUUAACAACCCUAACAUACCGUUCGAUGGACCAAAGGAACCUCCUUGCAGUACACCAUUCCGAAUUUUAGAACCAUCAAUGCUAUCCGCUUCAAACGGCAGAGGCUUGGUAGUCAAAAGCAUAUCACCAAUAUCACCAAAUGGAGUAUCAGUGACGUCAGAAAACGCUUACGAUGGACUUUUGUCAGUAACUGGUGCAUUGCCAUUCCUUGGAGCUGCAGCUUUGGAGGGUCCUUUACCUACAAGCGGUUCAGGAUCAGUUGCCUAUGAUUGUGGUGAUGGUGUUGUCGGUAUACAGAAGGAAGAAGCUUCUGGAUUAGGUCCUAUUGGUUAUAGAGCUGAAAGCCCCGUCGCUCCUGUUCCUUUAGGUUAUACUAGCGUACCGUUUGCUGGAAAAAAGUGUGACCACUAG